CUGUAAGAAAAUGUACUCUGCUUCUCUCUGAACAUUCUAUUUAGAAAAGUGCGAAAUAUAAAAUAUCAUUAAAAACAUUUAUAUACUGAAAUAAUUGUACAUUCUUCUGCUAGUGAAAACUUUGCAAUCAGACUCUAAAGAAACAAUUCAACAUUUUUGCAUUUACUUUCCAAGGACUGUUUACAUCCAUAAUCAAACGAUGAGUAAUUGAAUGACAUUUUUCUGACUGAUAUCUUCUUUUGAUCGAAGACCUAUUUAAUCAAAGGAUGGAAACUUACAGAAACGAGUUCAAGUCUACUCUCGGAUCAAUACGUUCCCUCGGUGCAGACCGUCUCGGUCGUUUCGUUACCGACGUAUACUCGUUCAGUAGCAACUAGUAUGUAGUAUACAUUCGUAUACUACAUCAAGAACAAUCCACAGCAACGGCAGCACGAUCUCGUGGCAGUGUGCUGUAUCUCCGGCGGAUGUUGUCGGGUAGUGAGAAAUGACAGAGGGUUCACGGCAGGCGCGCGGGCGGAUCGGAAAGUGUAUAUAUAAUUGAUCGCGGCUGCGAUCGCAGUAAACAAAUUUCGUCGAACGAGGCCGUGUGAGUCAGGGAUCAAGGUACAAGCGGCCGAUCGUGGAGAGGGAUCCCGACGACGAGGAAGGAAGGGAAAACGCGCAGAGUAGCACGCAGGGCAGCUCCGACCGAAGGAAGGCUCGUGUGGACUCACAACGUUCACUGUCAGAUUUUGCUGCCGCGCGAAACAAAGGACCAAAGGAUCUGUCUUAUCCAGGAGAAGGAAGUCUCGGCUCGAUCGCAGCCAUGGACACGGAACUCACAGAUCAGUUUUACCGUAUCCAAGCGGUCGACCGUGCUCGUAAGAUACCCAGCGUGAAUUAUUUGUGGGACAAAUCCACGGAGGUGUACGAGCGCGUGAAGGGCGCGAACACAUUCGUCAACUGGGCCUUCGACACUGUCGAGAGCGUGGUGAACACGAUGAUAGAGAAAUCCCUGCCGGUCGCCAGACUGAUGGAGAAGCCGAUCUACACGCUCGACAAAACGUUGUGUCAGGGUAUUGAUUUCGUUGAAAUAAAGCUGCCCAUUAUCAAGGAGGAACCUAAACAGAAAUAUAUACCAUACUCUAUACACAUUUCUUUCAUGCAGAUACUCAACCGCACCAAGUCCAUCGUAUCCGAACGUCUCCGUCCCGCGGUGAGGACCUUUACCGUUCUGAAGCAGGAAACGAAGCAGAGAGUGAGGAUCAUGACACUGCUUACGUAUUACAAGGUUCACUACCUGAGAGUCUACAGCUGGCAGCAGGCGGACAAAGUCAUGUCGACUGAGACGGGUAUUAAUAUUCUAAAGACCGUCGACAAUACCACCGAUCUCGCAGAAAUCAUGCUGGACAAGUACUUACCGCCACCAGAGGAGGAGGUUCACACUGAUACAGAGAAAUUGUGCAGUGAGCACGUGAAGUUACACCACACGAUGGAGAGGCUGAGCGAGUUCAGCAGCCGGGCGUCGCGACGCAUCUAUUACGCGCUGAUGGAGAGGCUGCAGCACAUGUAUAAGAUAGAGAUACUUAUUUUGGUGCUGCACGCGCUCGUAGUAAUCCAAGCGGUCAGGUUUCUCGAAUCGGUGGUGAACUUCGUCUUUAAAUUAUUCAGCGACUGCCUGUUCUCGUAUUAGAAAAGAGGAGAAGGAGGAGGAAGAAGAGGAGAAGAGGACACGCUGCUCUAGUCUGCAAUAAUUCGUGCGCACGCAAUGACACUUGAGGAGUCCGACUAUUUUUUAUCACUUUUACGAGAGUUACCGCCGCCCCCCUCGAUGAAUACAUUUCACUUGCAAACUGCGAAUUUUACUUAAUAUGCGUGAAACGCGUGAACAUUCGCGGAAUAAUUCCACGCGCGGACGGAAAAGGAUUAAAAAAAGGAGAAGGGAAAAAGAGAGCGGCGCUCCUCUCGGUCAUGAUAUACGACACCGUUUCUCAUAAUAUCUCGUCGUAUUUGCAUAUUGCCGAGUUUUUAAGUAACCCGGCGAUUGCCGUUUCUCAAGAGAAGUGGAGACGAAAUUUUGGAAAGUAAUUCUCUGCGAAGGCUUAACGUCGGUUUUAUAUCUUCUGACGUGUGCAGGACGUUCCGCAAUCGAUGUAAACGUUAGAAUUACGAAUGUAAAAUAUUACAUCAAUGCAAUGAAUAUUUUACAUUAAUCACGAACGCUGCGAAACAUCCUGCACAUUUGCGAUAUCAUGUUUUAUCUUUUCAUACUUCAAAACUGCACCGAAAUGCACCGAAAAGAAGAAUGUGUGCAGUUUUGGGUCUCAUUUAUCUUUAUAUAUGUGUUUAACUAUUAUAUACGUCGUUUUUUAAUCAUCAUGUUACACAUUCAGAUUUUUAUUCUAGUUAAUAUUAUUAAGGAACUGUACGUUAACGUGACAAUGAAUCGGUCAGAACGCGAAUGCGAAUCAUCGAAGCGAUCAUAUCGGCGUUCUUGCUUGGAGAACGCAGCGCGAUACUUUUCGUAGAUUCGCUUUUACGUGCUUUACAUAGGUGUAACCGCGCUUCUCGUACCCUGUUUUUCUGUGAUCACAGGUAUGCGUAUCCGAAAAGCGCGGUACUUGCACUUGCACGUGACUCUCGAGCGCUUAAUAAUACCUUACUUAUACUUGUUAAUACUUCUUGUUAAUUAUAGAUUUAUAUAAAAAGUUUGUCUCUCUUUUUUUAUGCAAAUAAUUAUUGUUGCAAGAUGUGAUGUUAACCGUAAGCACAAUCGAUCCCAGGAGGAUAGUGUAGCAUUUUAUAUGCAGUUAGAAGAAAGGAUGUAGAAUAGUUAGUAUAUUCUAUAAUGAAACAUAAUGUGCAAUACGUGUCCCGCGUUAAUCGCGAAAGUUAAAUUGAAAAGAGCAACAUUGAAUAUCAAGAUUUUAUCUGUAACGACUGUGAUGAGAAGAAAUUAUUCUAACUUAUAUAGUUUAUUUGAUGUGUUAAUUUGUGAUUGCGUCAUGAAAGUGUAAAGUUUUCUACUGUGUCAAUAAUACGGAAAAAAAGAAAGCGUGGAAUGAACAUAGUACAAAAAUUGCAUUAUAAUCAGAGCGCGGGAAUUUCUGAGAAAUUUUACAGUAAAUUCGCGUAUGCAUCUGUCAGAUUUCUGCGCUGUAUUUAUGAGAAAAUAUCAAAUGAUUCGUAAGCGGACAGAUUGCAUAUGAUUGUAAAUGCUUACACUAACAAAUGACACACGAGUCCACUAUUGUCUUCUGUACUUACCGAUGCAUUUUUGUAUACACUGUAAAAAAGAUGUACAUUGAAAAAUGAAAAAAAAUGUUUUAUUGCCA